AUAUGUCACUUCAUUGCUUUCGUAUUCGUGCUUCUUACAUUUAAUUUUAAACUUCUUUCAUUCUUUAUUUCAUGUUUAUAUCUAAGUUGCUUUGUUCUUGUAAAUUCCUUCUUCUUUCUUUUACAUUGAUACAUAGUUUUAAACACAUUACUAUCAUUAUCUGAAUUAAAACCGUAAAUUCUUUCAUGCAAUCCAUGAAGCACUUUCAACGAAGACGAAUCAAGUAGUACGAAUUUGAUGCCGCAUUAUGACGCCAGAUGGCAUGGUAUUCGCUACAAUUGCUGCUCCCGAAGAGACAACCUUCACCUUCAGAAAUGCGAAACUAACCCUUUAAAUAUGGCGGCGAGGUAUGUACGGUGGUGACUAGAUGUCCAAGAGCUUAAUAAAACAGUUUAUUAUACUUCUGUUAAGAUUUUUCCUAAUUAAAGUAAAAAGAUCAGUUGAUGUUCCCGCCAGCAGGUGUCUCGGCGGCUGAUCACUUCAGCUCGCCAUCACCAGGGAGCACCAAGAGACGACUAUUAAGUGUCCUGACCAAGCCCCUCAAUACACCACUGCCUGUACCAGUGUCCUCAGAGAAUACUCCUACAGAAAAAAGCACUAGUACAGGGACCAAGACCACACAGAUUAUAGCCUUUCAGCAGGCUCUGACAAAUGAUGGCAGACAGAUUUUGUCAUGGAAAUGACCUUGUUACAGACAUGAAGGCACUGGUUCGACAAAAAAUUAUGCACAUUGCAGGUUGUGUGGAAAAUGGAAGAUACCAAAAUUUGAUACCAAGUAUUGAGGAUACAAUUGAGAUGAUGAUACAGUUAUCACAGUUCACAGAUAUCGAGAACACGUUAAAUUUAAUGGAGGAGGCACUUCCACAUUUAAAUGGAAUAAUCAACUUAGGAGCUGAUGAGAGUAGUAUAGCUGCAUGCCCUGGCCCAGAAUUGGAGUAUCAUGCAAGAGGACGACCAACCUUUAAAAUACCACAAGAAACAUUAGAGUUUUUUCUUGACAAUGGUUUUAAGGUUGCAGAAAUUGCAAGGCUAAUUGGAGUAAGUAAAAGAACAGUUGAAAGACGCCUUAGUGAAAAUGUGUUGAGUGUAAGACAGUCAUACAGUCAGAUGACGGACGAGGAGCUGGAGGGUGAAGUGAAUACAAUUGUCACCGAAUAUCCGCAUGUUGGUUACCGAACAGUAUCUGCAUUUUUACGAAGUAAAGGACACCGUGUUCAAGAAAAGAGAAUUCGACAUGCCAUGCGUAAUGUAGAUUCAUGUGGUGUGCUAUUUAGAAGACUCGUUCUUUCGACUAGUCGAAUUCAGAGGCGUUCAUACAGCGUGACAGCUCCACAAGCUCUUUGGCAUAUUGAUGGGAAUCACAAGCUUAUUAGGUGGCGUUUUGUAAUUCAUGGCGGAAUAGAUGGUUUCUCAAGGUUACCAGUAUUUCUAAAAAUCAGCAACAAUAAUAGAGCAGAAACAGUUCUGAGGGCAUUUAUUAAAGCAGUGGAAGAAUAUGGACUUCCUAGAAGGGUACGUUCAGACAAAGGGAGUGAAAACAUCUUAGUUGCUGAAUAUAUGUUCCAACAAAGAGGAAUCGAGAGUAAGCCCUUCAUUGCUGGACGUAGUGUCCACAAUCAAAGCACUAUAGUUCCUUUUACAAAUGUCCUUGCUAGGAUUGAGAGAUUGUGGAGAGAACUUUGGGCUGGAUUUACAGUGACAUAUUACCGGCUAUUUCAUUUCAUGGAGGAGCAACACAUUUUGGAUAUUUCUAAUGAACUGCACAUGCAGGUACUUCAUUUUGUUUUUUUACCAAGGAUGCAGUUGAGCUUGGAGCGUUUGACUGAAACCUUAAAAAGAAGACCCUUAAGAACAGAGAACAAUAGGUCACCAUUACAACUUUGGGUCUCUGGACAACACUUGGACCCUGAAUAUGAUAUGCAGAAUGAGGCUGAUAUGUGCAGUUAUGGCAUCGAUUACUCAGGACCUCCAUCUGUCACUUCUGAUGUUUGUGUUGAAAUUCCCAACACUGAACAACUUUCAGAUUUGCAUAUUUUUCAACUCAACAACAUUCUUGAUCAAGAGUCAGACUGUUUUGGUGUGGACAAGUUCCAGCAAGCUCUACAAGUUUUGCAGCAGUAACACAACAACUGAGGGUUUGUCUCCCCUUGGUGACAAGGUGCGCUGUUCCAUCUCUCCCUCCUGUAUAGAUGUACACUGCUGCCUGAGAUCCGACACACUACAGGAAAUGUUUGACGCCUACACUUGUAACAUGUUAUGGCCUGAGUGUAGUUGGGGAGUAUAUGAAGGACAUCACCUGUAACUCUGGCUCAGACUUUUCUCUGGCGAAGUGGAGGUCAGACAGUAACUACCUCCUGAGACUGAAGGACGAGAUAAGGAUAGCUGGCUAUCUAAAGGAACCAAUCUGUGACGGAAUGGCUGGACUGUAUGCUGGGGUUGUGCCUGAGCAUGAAAUGUGACCUUGUUAACAUAUGACCUUACCUGUAACCUGCUGACCUCUUGCACUGGAGUUCAGUGCUAUGCAUCCUCCUCCACUCUACAGAGAACUUUAGAAGUUUACCUCAACAUUGAUUUCUGUACCAGCAGUUAUUUUGAAUAUACAGAGUAGGCUUCAUGUUGGAUGAUUUGCUAGAGGAGAAUGCCUAUUUGAUUACUCUGGAGAUCAAGUCAUGUUUUGAAACCUCCCCUCCAAAGUGUCAAUCCUCAGAGUCUUACACAGUGUUCAACAGGACAAUCUUCCUCAAAACUAACUGAGACUGGAAUGCAGCAUUCAAACAUACUGGAUUUUCCCUGUCCACCUGGCCGCCAGAUAAUGGUCUUGCAGAUACAACAGAGGAACAACAACAGGAUCACCUGAUUUCCCAGCUGUUACACGAGAUGUCAGAAUCCCAGUACCUACAGACACCAGUAUGUGGUGGAUCGAAAGGAGUGUACAGCUCAGUUAUGGCUGAAGCUCUUGUAAGAUGGCUAAGGAGUCUUAGAUCUUUAUAGCAUAUCUUUAAAUCAAUUAUUUUGCAUAAGUACAUGCAUUAUUUGAUUUUUUUGGUUGCCAAAAUGAGAUGUUUUCCACUUUGCACCUUUUCUUGUCAAUUUGAAAUAUUUAGGCCUAACUAUUUUUUUUAUUAUUUAUUGCUAUCUUUUUUGUACUUCGUGCACUGUGUUCUACUAUUUGAACAUUUUUAGCUUUAUCUCUGCAAUCGCUCAACCUAUUUUGGCACAAAGCAUUUGUGGGCGAAGGGGAACAAAAUUUUUUAAUUAAAUGGCUUUUUGUUAAAAACAUGGAACAAAUUGAAUUGUUGAAAAAUUGUUACAUGAUAAUCAGGUGACCUAAAAGGCCCGUGGGCCUCUUGUGUCUUAGAUAAUGUACAAUUUAACAAAAUAUCUAACUGUAUAAAUAAAUAAAUGUAUGAAUUAUAUAUAAGUACAUGUUUAUUUAGAAUAAAAAUUUUGUAUUGUCUUGCAAUUGUGAUCAUUGACAUUCAUUUGGACAUUUAUGUGAUCAUAGACUUUGUAUAUAGUGUAAAAAAGGUUAUAAAUUGUGCAGUUCUGUUCGUAGAAAUGCCUUUUGGGGCCUUUGAAUGGUAAAUAAAAUAUUUUGUAUGCAAUUAAGGUGUUCAAUAAAUAUUUAUCUCUGCUA